ACAACAAAACGUCAAAACCAGCGGGGGCAAAAGGGGAAGGAAAAAUAAGAAAAAGAAAAAUGGCGGUGCUACUCCGCCGCGCCGCGGCCGCCGCAGCGGCGGUCCUCGUCGUCGCGGCCGUCUGCGCGGACGGCGCCUCCACGUUCUACUCCUCCGACCCCAACCUCGGGUCCGCCCGCGUCGUCUUCCAGACAAAUUAUGGUGACAUCGAGUUUGGCUUCUUUCCUCAUGUUGCACCUAAGACUGUCGAACACAUUUUCAAACUUGUGCGGCUUGGAUGCUACAACACAAAUCACUUCUUCAGGGUUGACAAGGGUUUCGUUGCACAAGUUGCUGAUGUUAUGUCAGGUCGAACUGCCCCUAUGAAUGCAGAGCAGAAAAGAGAAGCAGAGAAAACAAUCGUUGGUGAAUUUAGUAGUGUCAAGCAUGUCAGGGGAAUCCUCUCCAUGGGAAGGCACUCCGAUCCAGACAGCGCUGGCUCUUCCUUUUCUAUCCUUCUGGGCAAUUCACCACACCUUGAUGGCCAGUAUGCUGUAUUCGGGAGGGUCACUAAAGGUGACGAUACAUUAAGUAAACUAGAGAGGCUUCCAACCCGGAGAGAAGGGAUUUUUGUAAUGCCGAUCGAGCGUAUCGACAUCCUAUCAACUUACUAUUAUGAUAUUGAUGUAGAGAGCUGUGAAGCAGAAAAAACUAUUCUUCGGAGGAGACUUUCUGAAUCAGCAUCAGAAGUUGAAAGAUGGAGAAGAAAAUGCUUUGCUUAAUGCUGGAAUUAGAAUGCAGGAGCAGGACUACAGGUUCCAUCUGGGUCUGGAUGGCUGGAGCAGACUACGGACAGUGAAAAGUAACCCUUGAACGUGCAUGCUGUGUGCUCUUAUACUAGCGAAGUGUUACAUGAGUCGAUGCUGUCACUGUGAUACUGAAGUGGAUGGGUCCUAGGUUCCAUGUGGAUCUUGUUUGUUACAUAUGAUUACAUGAGCAGAGUUGUUAUAUACCGGUUACAAUAAACCUCCAAUUCGUUUUCCUUUUUUCUUUAUAUAAACAAUGUAUGUAUGUUAAUUACUGGCACACACAUGUAACAUCUCAGGGAAAAAAAAUUACUAGUGCAUGAAUGGCUUUAGUGACUAUU